UUAUUUUUCAUUUUGUAAAUGAUAACUGAAUAAAUUAAUGUAUAAUAUAUUUCAAAACUAAUUUCAAAAUUAGUGAAAAUAUUUAAAUAUAAUUUAUAAAAAUUAAGAUCUUGUUAAAAUCGUUUUGAACAGAUUUGUUAUAUUUUUUUAAUAAAUAUAUUUAUAUUUAAAAUGAAAUUAUAUCAAAAGAUAUUAUGAUUAAAUUAGUUCAAAGAUUACAUAUAUUGUUAGUAUUAAUAAAAUAUAUUUAAUAAAAAAAUUAAAAGAUGGUCCAAAUUAAAAAUCAAACAUGAAAAAAGUCACGGCUUAUAUUUUAAUAAAUAAAAUGCAACUAAAAUAAUAACCUUUAUUUAUAAACAUCGUAGUGUACUGAUUACCUUUUAUUUUAUUUAUUAAUUUGAAAAAAAAUAUUUUAUUAAAUUAGUAAGAUAUCCUAAAUGAGAAUGUUGACCAUUUUAAUAAAACUUCCUAACUAAUAAAUUUGACCAUCUUAUUUUAUUAGAAAGAUAUCUCAAAAUGAUCAUAAAAAUCCUCAAAGAUAAUCAAGCAAUAAAAUAAAUCUAGGCUUAUAAAACUGUAAGUUAGUAUAUAUAUGCAUGUAUCUAACCUCUUUGUAAAACCCAAAAGUUAAGAAGGGAGGAGGAAGAAAGAUGGUGUCUUGUGGGAGGUUUGCUCAGGUGUCCUCGAGUGACGACGAAGAGGACUCCCUAGCGAAGACGAGGUCUCAGGGACAGAACUCAAGGAGACCUGAGGAAACAAUGGAGGGAAAAAUGAUGAAGCGUGAGAAGGUGAGCCUGAACGAAGAGUCUGAUGGGGAAGAGGAGGAGACAGAGAGGAAGAGAAAGAAAGAUGACGAAGAAACGCCGCCGGAGGAAUUAGAGCCCGAUGACGCGAAACCGGUUGGUGAGCCGGUUAAAGUUACGGGUAGAGGAACCCAUUACUGGCAGUUCGAAUACGGCGGCAACAGAUACGAGCUGGAGGAUUCGGUGCUGUUGCAUCCAGAAGACAAUAGUCUUGAGCCUUAUGUUGCCAUUAUCAAGGAUAUUACCAAAAAACAAGAUGGAAGGAUGAUGAUUCUGGGACAAUGGUUUUAUCGUCAAGAAGAUGCAAAGAAAAUGGAUGGUGGAAACUGGGUAGUAAAUGAUACACAUGAACUUUUCUACAGUUUCCAUCGUGAUGAGGUCCCAGCAGAAUCAGUGAUUGAAAGAUGCGUGGUGAAUUUUGUUCCAGCUCAUAAGCAACUUCCGAGAGGCACAGGUUUUAUUGUGCGAGAGGUGUAUGAUACGGUAGCUAAGAAGCUGUGGAAGUUGACUGAUAUGGAUUAUGCAGUUGCAAAACAACGUGAAAUUGACCUCUUUGUGGAUAAGUCAUUGGCGCGAUUGGGUGAUCUUCCUGACCUCUAAAUCUCUAAUCUAAACUGUUUCAUUUUAUAUGGUUUUGUGGAGAGUUAAGCCAACCGUAAACCAAUUAAAACUUUAAAAGUAUAAUAGUCUUUGUUUAAUAAUGCAAAAGCUAGUAUUUCUCUCCAUCCUUGCAAUAAUUCUAGUAUUUCCUAAAAACUAUGUCUUAAAGGAUCGAUUUCUCUCCAUCGUUUAGUUUUAUUUUGUUUGAGAGCGUCCCUUGGCCAUAACGAGUGAACUUAUUUUAAUCUGAAUUGUUCAUAUUAAUUUUUAAUAGUGUACUAGAUUUUGAUCCGCGUUUAGAAAGCGCAUGUUUACUUUUGAAAUUAAAUAAAUUCUUUUUAUAUAAGAGAUAAUGUAUAGGUUUGAAUACAUUUACCCGAGUGCACUAAACCGUACCAAACUGAAAAAAAAAACUCAAAAUUAAUCUGAAUUUCAUAAAUAAUCGAGCAUAGAAAAAAUAGAGACGAAAGUAAGGACCAAAUGAGUACUUAAAAUUUUAAAAUACAAAUUAUAUAACCUAUUAAACAUAAAUAAACCAUUAAAAAUUAUAUUAUUAAUAGAAUUAUAUGUGGUAAUGAUCACAUUUGAAUAAUCUAUCAUAUAUUCAUAUGGAUUUAUUGUUAGCAAUUAUAUAAUAGAUUUUGAGAAAAUAAUAAAUGAAUUCAUUUAAAUUAUGUAAAGUAUUUAUAUAGUUAGAGAAAUAUAAGUUAAGACCAAAUAAAUAGUUAAGUCUAAUGAAAUGGUCCAACAACCUUGUUUAAGUAGAUUUUUUAGGAGUGAUUCCCUUUUAAUAGUAUAGAUUAUUAACUUAGAGUUUUAGUGCACAUCAAAUCACAAUAGUAUAGAAGGAAGAAAAUCAACUAAGACCAAGAUUUGACAAUAAGUCUGUGAUAAUAGAGUCAAGUUAGGGCAAAAAGGGAUUUUGGUUUUCCUUAAAGUAAGCAGAAAAUAAAUAUGCAGAUAUAAACAAUGAAAUAAGAGCGUCAUGCUUUAGGGAAAUCACAUGAAAUCUGAUUAUGAAUGUAUACAAUUUAUGAAAAAAAUCAACUAAGCACCAUUCUAAAACGAAUGUAUAAACUUCCCACUAUUGUGGCUCCAGUUACUAUGUCUAAUAACUUAGAGAACUAACUCCCAUUGAACCUAAGAGAUUGAACAUGCAUCAGGUUUGAGUUUCGAUAGGUCCACAAAGCGCAAUAGCAUCAAUCUCUGUUGGUUAAGAACACCUUGCUCACAUGAAAUAUUUUCAAGCAAUCAAAUCAGCUCACACUGCAUUCAGAUAACCUAAGAUCAUGAAUUAGGUGAUCAAUAAGUUCAAACAUUAAAAACAAUCCAAGUGAAGAACUGUAACGCAUAUUAUCUAAUCAAACAAUCCUAAAAUUCAUUCUCUUAGAUUCCUUUGAAACCCUAAAAUCUAACUAUAAUGCUACUCAACAUAACCAAAUAACACAAGAUCAAUGAUAGAAUAUGCAUAAUUGGAAUAAAGAGACAAAAACAAGGUUCAAAAAGAUUCUUUUGUCUCUUCACAACUUUAAAAGCUUAAAAGUCUGGACCUAAAAACGACUCAAAAUAGUAGAUAUAGGCCAAAAUACGUAAUCAUCAAAUUUUAGGACAAAUCAAACCGAAAAUAAGAAAAUCUAAAAAAAAAAAUUCUCGUAUUAAAUUGGCAAAUAGUCCAGUUUUCAUAACUUUCGAUCUAACCGAUAGAUCGACCUCCCCCGGUGGUAUUGGAAAGAGAAGUCAAUUCUCUAUCUUUUUCCAAACUGAGCUCAAUCUCAAUGUAGAAAAUCUUCCUUCAAUUUCUGACACAUUUUACAUCUUUUGUUUUUUGUUUUUUUGUAUCCAGUUCAAACUAUAUCGUUCUAAGUAGACUUUAAACCUGUAAAACUACCAAAUAACACCAAAAUAAUUCAAAACACAUACUUAACUUAAUAAAAUACUCAAAAUAUAGGAUAGAGGUAGUAACAACACUGAUAUAUCCUGUAUGUGUAAACAUAGUUUAUAAUUUUGGUUAACGCUAUACGUCGACUUAAUUAAGUUAUUUUAUCGAGUUGAACUAGUGUAUGGAAUUUUAAUACGAUAUAUAUUAUAUUAUAAAAAUAUAUGAUACUAGAUAAAAAUAUUAAAAAUGUUAAAAUUUUCUUAGGCCAUCCAAAAGUGUUCUACCGGCACUAUGUGUCGCGAGGAAAUCCCAAUCUUACUCUAUGUUUCAUUCUUAAAUAUACAUUAAAAUAAAAAUGACCCAAUAGUUCAUUAUAUUUUUUAUAUAUAAUAGAGUGAAAACGAGUUUACUAGAUUAAUUUGUUUAUUUUUUAUUCACCUCUCUAUUUUUCACUUUAAAAUAGAAUACUAUUGAAAUAUAACUCAAUUUUAUUAUAGAGUUAUUCUACUUUAGAGUGAAAAAGAGAGUGAACCAUUGGAGAUGGUCUAACAUCUCAUUUGGAUAUAUGUUUGUUUCUUAACUUUUAAAUAUUUUAUUUGUGUACAAAUCUAUUUAAAUAUAUUUAAAUAAUUGAGGAAGCACCUUAACGAUUUUUAUCUGAAAAAGGUACAAAAGAAAAAUUACUAAACAAGCACAAACCACUUAAGUAUAUAUCAUGAAUUAUUAAUUAACUUCCUAUUGUGAAAAAUACAAGUCUUGACAGUGUUUUAUGCAAACUACUCAAUCUUUAAGGAACUAAAAUACUAAUCUUUACGUACAAACAUAGUACGUAGUUUACUGAUUACCUUUUCUUUUAUUUAUUAGCUUGACAAAUUUUAUUUUUAUUAAUAAGAUAUCCUAAAUUAGAAAGUUGACCAUUUUUCUUAAAUACUUUUCCCAAUCUUAGUUUUGUUAAUAAAUUAAACUUUCCUAAAUAAUAAUUUGACCAUUCUGAUUUUCUUAAAAAGAUAUCCCAAAAUGAUAAACUUGACCAAUUUUUUGGAAAUAAUUUUAUUUUUGAACCUAUAAAAUAUGUUUUAACUAAUAUAAAAUUAAGAAUAUUAAAUUUUGUGAUUAUGUUAUGAAAUCUUACAAUAUUUUUGUAUCGAACUACAGUUUAGCUAAAU